AUGUUGGAAAUGCUACGCGGGAACCAGGUACAUUCUGCUACCCAAAAAGGCGCCAAUAAAAAGUUGAACGAACUUUUAGAAUCAUGUGAUAAUUUACCAUCUGCAUCCUCUGAAUUGGGUUCCAUUCAAGUUAGUAUUAGUGAAUUGAGAAGACGUGUCUAUCAAUUGAGAAGUAAGAAUAAAGUCAGCAAUGACUAUACCAAAGCCCACUAUCUGUUGGCUAACAGCGGCUUAACUUUCGAGGAUGUUGACUCUUUUAUCAAAGACUUACAAACGAACCAAUUUUUGGAGCAAAAUACCCCCAAAAUAACUGAAGGCGAGGAAUUGGAAUUCUACCUAAAAACAAAAAAGGAGGAAAACAUCUUAAUGUCUAUUGAACAACUGUUAACUGGUGCUACAAAAGAUUUUGAUAAUUUUAUCAAUCAGAAUUUAAACCUUGAUUGGUCUCAGCAUAAGGAUGAAGUCAUGAAAAAUUUUGGUAUUCUUAUACAAGAUAAGAAGACCCUUGACCAUAGACAAUCUAUCAGCACUUUAGAUCCGAAGCUUCCUAGUUGGGGCAAUAAAGGCAACAACAUUCUCAACAGCAACGAAUCGAGACUAAAUGUUAAUGAAAAUAACAUUCUUAGAGAAAAAUUUGAAAAUUACGCAAGAGUUGUGUUUCAACUUAACAAUAGCAGACAAGCAAAUGGAAUCUUUGAUAUAGCAAAUGAAUUCAUCUCGAUAUUGUCUUCUGCGAAUGGUUCAAGAAACGUUCAACUGUUAGAAGGCUGGAGGAUUAUAGAAUCGAUGAAGAACAAGGAUAUCGAUAUCGUUGAGGUUGGCAAACAGUACCUUGAGCAACAAUUUUUACAGUAUGCUGAUAAUCUAUAUAAAAAGAACAUGAACGAAGGAUUGGCUACCAAUAUCAAUAAAAUUAAAUCUUUCAUCGAUACAAAGCUGAAGAAAGCAGACAAGUCAUGGAAAAUCUCCAAUUUAACAAUUAUAAAUGGUGUUCCAAUAUGGGCCUUGAUAUUUUAUUUAUUAAGGGCCGGCCUGAUUAAAGAAGCAUUAGAGGUUUUAGUAGAUAACAAGGCUAAUAUUAAAAAGGUGGAACAGUCGUUUUUGACUUAUUUUAAAGCAUAUGCAUCCUCAAAAGACCAUGGCUUACCAGUAGAAUAUUCUACUAAACUUCACACCGAAUACAAUCAGCACAUCAAAAGUUCUCUAGAUGGUGAUCCUUAUCGCCUGGCUGUUUAUAAAUUGAUCGGAAGAUGUGACUUAAGUAGAAAAAACAUUCCUGCAGUUACCUUAAGCGUCGAAGAUUGGUUAUGGAUGCAUCUCAUGUUAAUUAAAGAAAAUGAUACAGAUAACGACCCUGUUUAUGAAAGAUAUUGUUUGGAAGAUUUCCAAAACAUAGUAAUAUCCUACGGGCCAUCUCGAUUCUCAAACUAUUAUUUACAAACACUUCUGUUAAGUGGGCUCUAUGGAUUAGCAAUUGAUUAUACAUAUACGUUCAGUGAAAUGGAUGCGGUACAUUUGGCAAUAGGUUUAGCGAGCUUAAAACUGUUUAAUAUUGAUAGUUCGACACGUUUAGCAAAAAAAACUAAAAGAGAUAUCAGGUUCGCAAAUAUACUAGCCAAUUAUACCAAAUCUUUCAGAUAUUCUGACCCUAGGGUUGCUGUUGAGUAUUUGGUUUUGAUCACACUGAACGAGGGACCCUCUGAUAUUGAAUUAUGCCAUGAGGCCCUCAGAGAGCUGGUGUUGGAAACCAAAGAAUUUACUGUCCUCCUGGGUAAAAUUGGACGUGAUGGGGCUAGAAUUCCAGGCGUGAUUGAAGAAAGACAACCUUUAUUAUACGUUCGCGAUGAAAAGGAAUUCCUGCAUACAAUUACUGAACAAGCGGCAAGAAGAGCGGAUGAGGAUAGUAGAAUUUAUGACAGUAUCCUGCUAUACCAACUUGCUGAAGAAUACGAUAUUGUUAUUACCCUCGUCAACGGUCUAUUAAGUGAUACACUUAGUGCGUCAGAUCUAGACCAACCAUUGAUUGGACCUGAUGAUAAUAGUGAAACCAACCCUGUUUUGUUAGCAAGAAGGAUGGCCUCUAUAUAUUUUGACAACGUUGGAAUAUCGAAGCAAAUCCAUGUCAAAAACAAACAGAUUUGCAUGUUACUUUUAAACACUUCUAGGAUUAGGGAACUAUACUUCAAUAAGCAAUGGCAAGAAACAUUAUCCCAAAUGGACUUAUUGGACUUGCUUCCCUUUACAGACGAGCUAUCUGCUAGAAAGAAAGCACAGGACUUUUCCAGCCUGGAUGAUAACAUUGUGAAGAACGUUCCAAACUUGUUGAUUAUCACCCUUAACUGUAUAUCGAACAUGGUUCGAAUUUUAAACGACAGUAAGUAUCAGACGUCCACAAAGGGUCAACAAAUCGAUUCUCUGAAAAAUAUCGCGAGACAAUGUAUGAUUUAUGCUGGUAUGAUUCAAUACAGAAUGCCAAGGGAAACAUACAGUACUUUGAUCAAUAUAGAUGUCUCCCUGUGA